AUGGACAAAGUCGCGCACGAACACCAAGUGGAGCACUACCACCAUCUCCAGCGCCUCGACAACAGACCGUCCUCACAGAUUGAGGUGGUUCAGCAUCAGGAUGAAGAGAAGCCAUCCUCAGGCUCCGUCUCGGACCCCGAGAAGGAUGCUCCCGUCACCGACGGCGAACCCAACAGCUUAUCGACGCCGUUGAGCUCGCUGCCAGCAGACACUCAAGACCAAGCAGCCAACCACGACCAUCAGCCCAACAACGAGCCCUCCUCGCCAUCGUGCGCCACUACCAUCGAAUGCUCGCGCGAGGAUGCCAACGAACCCAUCAAAGAUCGAGGCUGGGCAGCAUGGAAGUUUGUCCUUGCUUCCGCCGCGACCGAGUUCAUGAUCUGGGGCGCCUCGUACGGAUACGGUUCCUUCCAGGACUACCACCAGCACGAUGAAAGAUCUCCUUUCCACCACGCUUCCCUCACCGCCACUUCGACCAUCGGCACCUGUCUACUCGCAGGACAGCACUUCAUUCCGCUCUUUACCUUUGGCCUCUACUCGAUGUUCCCUUCGCACAUCAAGUACUUUACCUACGUUUGUGUCAUUGGCUCUUCGCUAUCGCUCCUCAUCGCCAGCUUUUCCAACUCGGUCGCGCUGGUCAUUGUCUUUCAAGGCCUACUGCUCGGCAUGUUCGGAGGCAACCUCUUCACUACCGUCGUCCUGUGGCUACCGGACUGGUGGGACAAGAAGCGCGGAUUCGCCACCGCUCUCAUCUUUGCCGGUUCCGGAAUCGGCGGCAUCGUCUGGCCCGUCAUCUUCACAAAGCUGCUAGAGAGCGUCGGCUUUCGAUGGACACUGCGAACGUGGGCUCUUAUGCAGCUUGUCAUUUCAGGCGGCGCUGUCAUGUGGAUCGCUCCUGGUCGUCCACAUGCUCCUACCUCGAAGCCCAUUCGAUGGAAGGACGCCCUGCCUGGCUUCCCGCGCUCGCUCCUCUCCCCCAUCACCAUCCUCAGCUUCGUUGCGCUGGUCACCCAGACAACGGCCUAUUACUCGGUCGCGCUCAACAUCUCCAACUACGCCACCUCGAUGGGCUUCAGCUCCAACACCUCGACCGGCAUCCUCUCCGCUUUCAACGCCGCAGCCGCCGUCACCUACUUUGUGCUCGGCUACCUUGUCGACCGCUUCCCUUACCCGCUCAUCAUGGCCACUUCGACCGGGCUCAACCUUAUCUUCACCGUGCUCGUCUUUGGCUUUGCCGGCAAGUCGUUGACGAAACUCAUCGUCUACGUCGUCUUCUUCGGCAUCACGGGCGGCGGAUACUCGAGCUUCUUGGCGCCCGUAUCGAGGGACAUUCCGGACAGGUCCAAGUCGCACGAGUUCUCGUUGCGUUUCCUGUAUCUCGUUUGCUACCGGGGUCUCGCUGCCAUGCUGGGACCCAUCAUUGCGGUGCAAUUCUAUCCGGAUACGCUCGGCCCCGAAUCCGCCUACGGAAGCUUCGGUUUCACGGGCUUCAUCGCAUUCAUCGCAGGCACGUUGACGUUGUCGACACUGGCAUCGCUCGCCCUCUUUGCGUACAAAAGGUACCUUCAGCCUGAGGUUUCGAGCGAUCCUGUCACGCCUCCGUCGGAGAAGCGAGAGGAGGUUCCGGCAAGCGCAUGA